AGAACGAGAGAGCGAGAGAGAGGCACCAGACCAGCCCCUCCAAAAUGUGCGUCAGUGAAAGUGUUGAGUCCUGGGGCUACAACCCGCUCCAUACUUUCCAGUUAGGCUCCGUGUGAGCACGAGCAAUUCUCCAACCGCAGACGUCGAUAACACAGCAGUACUUCACCUGGGAAUUGGAAGAUCAUACCAAACAAUCAUGUUGGAGAACGAGGCUUUUUCCUGUUUUGUUUUCUAUAGUGUUCUCCUGGUCAUCAAGAUGUACAUCAUAGCAAUCAUCACUGGACAAGUCAGGCUUCGUAAAAAGGCUUUCGCUAACCCAGAGGAUGCGCAGAGACACGGCGGCGUCCAGUACUACAGAGAGGAUCCGGACGUAGAACGGUGCCGAAGGGCUCACCGUAACGACAUGGAGAAUAUCUUCCCUUUCCUGUUCCUGGGGGCUGUGUACUCCCUGAUUGGCCCGUCGCUUGCUGUGGCCCGCGCUCACUUCCUGGUCUUCUUCCUGUUCCGCGUGCUUCAUACAGUGGCCUACCUGUGUGUCCUGCGGGCGCCCACACGCUCCCUGGCCUAUGUCAUCGCCCAAGUGCCCUGCGUGUCCAUGGCCGUGCAGGUCCUCGCGGCGGUGGCCUCCUCGUGGUAGUUGUGGUGUUCUGGAUCUAUCUGUGACCGCUUCAAUCUGUGACCGAUCUCAGUCUGUGAGAUCAGCGGUAGAGGAUACUGCAAGAGAUGCUUUUCAUACAAGGGAAAUCCUCAAGACUAUAUCGCCAUCAAUGCUACCAUAGCAGUUUGUGUCUCUCGACCGUAAGACAGUAUGUACUCUGAAAGUGUGUACUCUGAAAUGAAGUCAUUGUUGUGCUCUAGCAAGCACAUCCUCCUGCAGUACUGUAUGUUUGCUAUGCAAUGUUGAAGUCAAUUGCCUCCCUCUUGAUAGUCCAGGGGACUCUACUCUCUGAAGAUUAAGGUUUUAAUUAGUAAACAUUGAACCUUUUAACCAGUUCAUUGUGUUGUUUGUGUAUACACAAGUUGUUGCUUGUUUCUGUCUUUUUCAUUCUCUAUUUCUUGUUAUAAACUGGGUGGUUUGAGCUCUGAAUGCUGAUUGGCUGACAGCUGUGUUAUUUUUACUACUCUAAUUACGUUGGUAACCAGUUACUAAUAGAAAUAAGGCACCUCAGGUGUUUGUGGUAUAUUGCCAGUAUACCACGGCUAAGGGCUGUAUCCAGGCACUCCACGUUGCGUUGUGCAUAAGAACAGCCCUUAGCCGUGGUAUAUUGGCCCAAUACCACACCCCCUCGGGCCUUAUUCCUAAUUAUACUUAACCCUGAUUGGCUCCAGGGGUGCUGUACUACAAUGGCUGACCCUGUAAAACAAUACAUCACUGCACCUAUUUUAUUCCACUGAGAGCUAUUUUAGUAGGACAUGUCUGGGAUAUAAUGACCUUUUAGCUGAAACCAGCUUGAUCCAGUCUUAGAGGUUGAACUGAAGAGCAGGCAUGUGCCAUUCUAAGGAACGUUUCCAGUGUGGUGGUUCACUGUGUUCGUUUAUCUAGCAUUGGCCACCAUGGCAUCACAUGAUGGGGGAUGAUGACGCAGAGACACCAGGUCUACCACACCUGUCGAUGGGCUACCGAUGAGGCCAAGAGUUUUUCCUGAUCACAGGAUUUGACUACAGCCCAUAGUUUUUCCUGGUCUGGUCCUGGACCUAGAUAGGAGCUAUGACUGCUGAAUUGUCCAUAAUCAUAACAUCUAUUUUAUCCUCCACCUCUGUGUUUCUUUGCUUCACAGUUCCAAGUUACUGCAACCCAUUUCCAAGUUACUGCAACCCAUUUCCAAGUUACUGCAACCCAUUUCCAAGUUACUGCAACCCAUUUCCAAGUUACUGCAACACAGUUCCAAGUUACUGCAACACAGUUCCAAGUUACUGCAACACAGUUCCAAAGUCUUUGUGUUUGACCUAGUACAAUGCUAUUUCACUGUAAAUAAAUGAACUACAGACUUUCAGCAUGCUUAUAGAGAAGGUCACUCAACAUGUACUGCACUGACAUAACUGACUGAUGAGCUGUUCUUGUCUAUUAAUGUUCUGUAUUAUGUCAUGUUUCAUGUUUUGUGUUGACCCCAGGAAGAGUAGCUGCUGUUUUUGCAAUAGCUAAAAUGGGGAUCCUAAUAAAAUACCAAAUACACACUGGGCACAGAAGUCAAUUCAAUGUCUAUUCCACAUUGGUUCAAUGUAAUUUCAUUAAAAUUAUAUGGAAACAAUGUUGAUUCAAGCAGUGCAUGCCUAGUGGGAAGCUACUGCCACACCUUUCCAAGUUACUGUUUCACAGUUCCAAGUUACUGUUUCACAGUUCCAAGUUACUGCUUCAUAGUUCCAAGUUACUGCAUUUUCCUAGUUACAGUUCCAAAUGACUGUAUUACUUUAUUGUUUACUCCGUUAUUGAAUGUGCAUUGAAAAGAAUGGGCAUCUGGUUGAAUGUACAAAUGGAUGUGUAUGGAGUGCCAUGAGACAGUAAAGCGAGUUCUUUAAUGAAUUCACUUUUUGUCUUGCCUUGUUCUUUUAUUGGGUUUUCAUUGGGGAAAUGACAUUCAAUGUUUGUCUAAGGAAUAAUAGAGGUCUCAAGCUGAUGUUGAUGCUUAGAUAUAAAGAGUUGAGUACCAAAACACUAUAUCCACA